GCGCGGGGGUGCGAGCCGGGCGGCCAUGGAGGACGAGAGGGUCUUCUCGGACAUCUGCGGCGGCCGCCUGGCCCUGCAGUGCCGCUCCUACUCGCCCUACUGCCGGGAGUUCUGCGUGAGCUGCCCCCGGCUCUCGCUGCGCUCGCUCACCGCUGUCACCUGCUCCGUGUGGCUGGCGGCCUACGGACUCUUCGCUCUGUGCGAGGUAGCGCCCGGGGAGGGGACUCCGCGUCCCGGGGCCCGAGGGCGGGACGGGGGUGUCUCGGCUGGCACGGCCUUCUGCGUAGACCUGCGCGGAGGUGGGGGAUUCCAGUUUGGAGCCCAGCCUGGGCAACCUGUGACUGAGCAAAACCCUGUCUUAAAAUGUAAAAAGGGAUGGCGAUGUAGCUCACUGUACAGGCCCUGGGUUCAAGCCACACAAGGAGUUUCACUUCAAUCUCUUGUUACUCGGCUUAUUUUCUUACAGCAGAAGGUGAUCUACUACCUCUGCAUUUUACUGAAGGAUCCCCUGGAACCACACAAUGUCUCUCAAGUAGUCCCUGUAUUCCAGAGUGCCAAGCCCCGGCUGGACUGCUUGAUUCAUGUAUACAAGAGCUGCCAGGAGGUCCUGGCGCAUCAGAAAGCCACAUCCACAAGGCCAUGAGUUCCCGGCACUCAGAAGGCCGGUGCUAUCCCCCAGGGACAUGGCUCCCGGGCUGCGCUGCCUGGAUUGCUCCCACCGCAGCCACCAGGUGGACACAGCCCUAGACCAGAACGGAUGCUGCGGAUCUCAGAUCACCACACACCAGGUGACUGGAAUUCUGACUCGAAGUGCUUCUGUACUGUCAUGUUCCUCUUGUAAGGUUUUGCCUACUUUACGGAACAAGGACCACCUGAAGAAUUUUGACACAGUAUCCAAGGUAACAUCAGUCUUGCCAGGCAUGGUGGCGCACAUCUGAAUCCCUGCACUCAUGAGGCAGAGGCAGGAGAUCACUGAAAAUUUGAGACC